AUGAUUCCAGAAACCGGGUCCUUUAGAAGAUCACAUCGCACCAAGGGGAAGGUCAUACCGGAAUUCAAGGCCGAAGGGCGGUGUAGCGCAGUCCGAAAAUGGGACCCGGAGGCAGAGACGGUUUAUCUGGGGGCCAGCUGCGACCCAGCCAAACUGGACCCUUACUGGAGAGCUGCGAGUCGUGGAGCUGGCUCUGAACGCUGUUUCAUCAAAUAUAGUCGGGAGAAGCCCCUGUACGACGUGGGCUCCCCAAUUGGCAUAUUUGCCAGACACCGGGACGCCUUCAAUUUCGAACAGAAAAUUCCUAGAACCAGUCCUCGGGGAUACCAGGCUCGCCUGGCUGGGAAGGAGGAUCGAAAGUACCACAUCCAAGGGAUCAGGAACGAGUCAAGCAUCAUGUCGGUGCCGCUAAGACACCUAAUGGCCAUGGUGGAUCCAUCGGCGGCUCCUCUCCUUCAGUCGCUGAAUGAGCAGGAUCUCGGGACGAUGGGCAGCUUUCUUUUGACGGGCGAAUAUCCCCCCGUCCUCAUUGAAUGCCGUGGUGGACAGCACCCGCUCUCGACCGAACCACCUCCGCCGGGAGCGGUAACUCACUUUUUGGAAGGGCUGCAUACACAGGAAGAUUAUGAGCGGGAGCUCAUCCGAUGCGAACAUGUCUACCAGCUUGCGCACGUGCUGAAGCUCCCAGGGCUCAAAAUGCUCGUGGUGCGAAAGCUUCAGUUUGGAUUCCCGUACCUAGAUGAAAGGCUUGUGAUCGAAGUCGCGGACUCGAUAUUUUCGUCCAUGAGCUGGCAUUGGAAGGAGCCUUAUGGGGCAAGGUACACGACCGAAGAAGCCUCCGACGGUCGAUAUGAACGCGAAAGGGAGCCGAUGCGGGCAUUCCUCGUGGAAUACUUCGCGCGAAAGCUAGCCUCGGUGUCGAUCACCGAGAGUGACCUCUUCCAGGUCUUGCUCAGGAAGCACCCAGCUCUAAGAAUCGGCGCAUACUUACGAGCUGCAGAGGUGGGCCUGGACCAGUGGGCGAGCUCAGAGAAUCAAGUGGAAGAGGAGGAAUGGAAUGUCGAAGCGUCUGAAGAGAGCGAUCUCCAAUCAGAAGUCCCUCCAGGGGCUUUGAGCUCCAGACGCAGUCCGUUGUCCUCUACUUCUGUAUAGUUAACCAAUAUAUCCGUCGGACGAGAGAACAACUCAGCGGCAUAAUUGCUAUGGACUGUUAGCAUCUUCUCACUUGUUCUGACUGCUAGGAUCUCUGUGUAAACGAAUGCGUGUUUUGCAGAUGUGUGCUUUUAUCUUUUUUUUUAAUUUCUGCCCUUGGAGAGCUUCGAUCAGGUUUGUUGAUUUUGCUCAGACGCGAUCUGCAACAGCGAUGGCAGAGACGGAGCACUGAGUAGAGAAGAGGUUUAUAUUUGUAUUCUAGUUUCCGGGAUAAGACAGUGUGCUUGCCAUCAAUACAUGCUAAAUAUCUAAUGCAAAA